UUGAGUUUAUUCUUCUUCGUUUAACUCGCUCCAGUGCACAGCACCGGCCGGGGUUUAGCUAGGCUAACUGACACAAGUGUCUUAAAAUCGCAUCGUCCUUAAAAUGUCUCACCCAGCACCGUCUGACAAGCCUUCAAACCGUGAAAACCCCCGUGUCUUCUUCGAUGUAGACAUCGAUGGAGAAAGAGCCGGCCGAAUAGUUUUGGAGCUGUUUGCUGAUAUUACCCCCAAGACUGCUGAAAACUUCCGGGCACUCUGCACUGGAGAGAAAGGCACUGGCAAAUCGACUGGGAAACCACUGCACUUCAAGGGAUGCCCAUUUCACAGAAUCAUCAAGAAGUUCAUGAUCCAAGGAGGUGACUUCUCCAACCAUAAUGGCACCGGGGGAGAGAGCAUUUACGGCGAGAAGUUUGAGGAUGAAAACUUCCACUACAAGCAUGACAGAGUGGGUCUGCUGAGCAUGGCCAACGCUGGGCCAAACACCAACGGCUCACAAUUCUUCAUCACUACUGUCCCCACACCACACUUAGAUGGAAAGCACGUGGUCUUUGGACAAGUGUUGAAAGGGAUGGGGGUUGUAAAAAUGCUGGAGUUGAUUGACACUAACGAAGAUGCUCCUGUAAAGCCAUGUGUCAUAGCAGACUGUGGUGAGCAUAAGGAUGGAGACAGCUGGGGCGCUGCAACAAACGAUGGAUCAGGGGACACCCACCCUGACUUCCCCGAGGACUCCGACAUCGACUUUAAAGAUGUUGAUAAAGUCCUGUCUGUUGCUGAGGACUUGAAGAAUAUUGGAAACAACCUUUUUAAGAAUCAAAACUGGAAAGCUGCUGUCAACAAAUAUAGCAAAGCCCUCAGGUACUUGGAGGUGAGUGGAGAUCAGCUGGAGGAGGCGGCGCAGCAGAAGCUCGAACCCACAGCCCUCAGCUGCUUCCUCAACACAGCAGCCUGCAAGUUGAAGAUGCAGCUGUGGCAAGAGGCUCUGGACAGCUGCAAUGAGGCUCUGGAGCUCAACCAAGCAAACACUAAGGCACUUUUCCGGAGGGCCCAGGCCUGGCAGGGGUUAAAGGAAUACAGCAAAGCCAUGACUGAUCUGAAGAAAGCUCAGGAAAUAGCUCCAGAAGACAAAGCUAUCAGCAACGAGAUGAAGAGAGUUCAUCUUAAAAUCCAGGAGGAGAAGGAGAAAGAGAAGAAAAUCUAUGCCAAAAUGUUUGCGUGAAAAUUUCACCUAAUGAUGCAAUUAAGUAAUAUUGUUUAUCAAUGUUUGAAGUCAUCUCUGCAGGGGGAAGCUGCACUUACAAAGAUAAGGAGUCUGUACCCAGGUGAUGAUGGGUUCAUUCAUGUUUUCCAGCUGGCACAUUUCUCACUAUUGGUAUUCUUAAAAGGGAAUAACUGUUGUACAUUUUUUGACCUGUCUUUGACAAGUGUGUUCACUGUAAUGAAUAGUUUGAACAUUAGUUAGACUCUGAUGCUCUGAAAAAACUGGGUUAGCACUGGUUGUUCUGGGGUUUUGAAACGGUUACAUGUGUUGUAUUAUUUCAAAGACGGCGUUUUGAUACAGUGCCCUUGGCCACAUACAGUACAUCCAUUUGUUUUUAAUUUAUGUUUUUUACAGAGAUCAAUAAAUUGAAGGACAGCA